AUGAUCCCACAUAAUCAGAUAUUUCUACAGAAGAGAGAAGAACAAAACGCAGACGAAGAAGAAGAAGAGCAAAGAGAAAUGAGGCCGAUGCAACUGGAUAUGCUGUCGGAGAUGGACGAUGCAGGUUCGUCGAUGGCUAUGGACGUAGAUGACAUCGAAGCCAUGGAGAUUCUCAGCGAAGGAGGACUUAUCUCUGAGAGCAAGCUCGUCGACGCCGAUUUCUUCAACAAGUUCGAGGAUGAUUUCGACGACGCUGAUAUCAACUGA